UAUUUUCGUUGCCAUUCUCUCGGGACUCGAGACGGUGUGCUCAGAUAUUUUUUUCUCGUGAUUCCUUAGCCAUCGGACAUCAUCCGCUCAACUGAUCCUUCGUCUCCCUCACGGACACGGUUGCCCGUUCACAGACAUGCGAGUCUAUCGCCAACCUCCCAUAUGAUAGCUGUCUGUCUUAUACUGUGACAUUAAGAUUCGAUACGUCUCAUCUAGUCAGAUAUCGGAGGAGCCGUAUUCCGUGGAUUCGAUAAGAUUUAUCCAUCGGAGCCAUGGAUUACCUCAGUCGCAUCAAAUCCACUGUCGUCGAUACAGUGUCCAACUUGUCAUCGGUUCUGACCGGGAACCCACUCAGUGGACAAUAUGAGAUCGGGAGCUACCUCGGCUCCUACGGUCCCGGGUUGCAUUGGAAGAUGUUCGAUGCGAUCAAAAGAUCCACUCGAGAAGAGGCUUGCGUGUUCCUCCUCGAGAAGAAGUCGCUGGACAGGUACUCGAAGUCGGAGCGGGAUUACGUUCUGAAUUUUCUGAAGCAAGGAGUGGCUCAAUUGACCCGUCUGCGUCAUCCGGCGGUGCUAACAGUGUCUCAUCCCCUGGAAGAAUCUCGAGAGGCCUUCGCCUUUGCGACAGAAGCGUGUUUCUGUUCGUUGGCUAAUGUCGUGAAAUGUGAUCGACCGGGAUCGCCGUCUGUGGAUCUGCCGGAGGCCGUGAAAGAGUAUAAGCUACACGAAGUGGAAAUCAAAUACGGUCUCGCUCAGGUCGCCGAGGCUCUUGCAUUCCUGCACCAAGCGAAACGAGUACACGGGAACAUUUGUCCGGAGAUGAUCGUAAUAAACAAGAAGGGAGCUUGGAAGCUCGCCGGCUUCGAUUUGUGCGUCACGUUGACCGGAGACAACGCUCGGUACGACUUCGACACGACGUCCCCGCAAGCUUGCCAGCCCAACUAUGAUUUUAUUGCUCCAGAAUGCGCGAACGAUCACUCGUGUACACCGAGCAGCGAUAUGUAUUCCCUCGGUGUGCUUGUGUUCAGCGUUCACUCGAAUGGAAGUACGCCGUAUUCGACGAGAAACAACUUCCAGACGCUCAAAGCUUGUCUGGAUCAGAUGAAAACUUUCCCGAAGAGCAAACUUCAAGGCCUACCGAAAGGCGCCCAGGACCACGUGAGGCUGCUGCUGAGUUACAACUCGAAACUCCGUCCCGAUGCCCACGAAUUCCUCAAACUACCGUAUCUCGAGGACAUUGGAGUGAAGACUCUGAGAGAUCUGGAUAAUCUCUAUCAGCUAGACAAGGUAGCGAAAUCAUACAUAUUCAAAGGAUUACCACCCGUCAUCGAGAAGCUACCGAAGCGAAUGAGCUUGUACCGGGUUUUGCCCUGUCUGGCUGCCGAGUACGUCAAUCCCGAAAUGGUUCCCUUCAUCCUACCCAGCGUGCUUCUAAUUAUCGAAAUGACCACCAAAGAGGAAUUCGUUGCUUCGAUUCUCCCUGAUAUGCAGCGAGUUUUCACCUACACCCAACCGGUACACAUAAUGUACUUGCUCCUUCAAAAAAUGGACCUCCUAAUCUCGAAAUGUCCGCCCGAAGCGGUUCGGGAUCACUUGUUACCAAUGGUCUACCGUUCCCUGGAAUGCAACUCUCAACAAAUUCAGGAGCUCUGCCUGGGCACGCUGCCUGACUUUUGCCACUUGGUGGAGUACGGCUCGAUGAAGAAUAGUUUGUUGCCGAAAGUGAAGAAGCUCUGCGUUGUGACGAGUUUGACUUCGACGAGAGUGAAAUGUCUCGUGUGUUUGGGCAAGAUCUUGGAGCAUCUCGAUAAGUGGGUGGCGCUCGACGACGUCAUCGCGUGGCUGCCCGAAAUCAAAUCGAGAGAUUCGGCGGUGUUGAUGGCCAUCAUCGGCAUUUAUAAGGUUGCGCUCCACCACUCCAAGUUAGGCAUCACUAAGGAAAUUCUGGCAUGUAAAGUUAUCCCGUUCCUCGUUCCGCUCGUCAUAGAGGGCUCGUUGAAUUUGAGUCAAUUCAACCAAGUGGUCUCACUCAUCAAAGAAAUGCUCGCUCAAGUCGAGAAUGAACAUAGAACCAAACUCGAGCAAACGGAUACCUCGAGAGAAGACCAAGCGAACAGCUCAGCCACUUCGCCUAUCAAUUCCCCGAACGCCGAUGAGUUGUUUGCGGAACUCUCGUCCGAUACUAAUCCGACAAGCCGGUCGAAAGUAGUGAGCAACAAAACUCUUUCCCUCGAAGACAAACAACGAAUGGUGCAACAAGAGGACGCCAUGAGCAUGCUAGUGAAUCAAGCGCCUCUGACGCCCGACUUGGGGCUUCAGGCGAAACCUCAAUCGGAGUCCAGAUUCGCCGCUCAAAACAGCAAGACCGCUGCGAAGGAUCUGACGUCUUCCCUCAUCAAUUCGAACAUGAUUAGUCUCCAGAAUAAAACAAAUAAUCUCCGGCCCCGACAACAGACGCAGCAAAGGCAACAACAACAGUCCUUCCAACCGAAUUACAACAUCGACACUCAGACGCUCAUGAGUCCGACGAGUCCGACGAACAGCUGGUCGAAGACCGAGAGUUGGUCCGUCAGUGGCAACAACUCGACUUCAAAGCAGAGCUCUACGAAUUGGGACGAUAACUGGGGCGACUGGUCGUCUCCUGCGGGGAAUAAGUCGACGCUGGAUUUAUCGGAAUUCGAUACACUGACUCUCGAAAGCAAAAAGAACGAUAUACUUCGAAGGAACAAAAGUUGAGCAUGGAAGGACGACGGGAGACGAAUUGGAACGAUUCCUCUAGUCACGAAGAUUCAGUGGAGUUGAAUGGAUCCUCGAUGCUUUGUGUCAUUCCGUGAGAUACCUUCAGCGGCGUGUACAUUUCCCUCCUCCGCAUCA